CCCAGACAGCAUGGGCGCUGGAGCUUAGUUUGCUUCCUGAUAGAUAAAGGAAUAGCCGCGGGUCGUUUCGCCGUAAGCCUGCACAACUCUGUUUCACACACUGAGGUUUAGGACUGCAGCCAAACUGCGGGACAGCCAUGGCUCACCCCCGGACGCUCAGGGUAGAUUAUGGGAAAACCUCGCACGUCAUAUGCGUGAUCGGCACCGAACUUAACGUGAGCAUGAGCAGGAGUGCCCCUCCCAGCUCCAAGUUCUUCUCAGUGAAAUGCACUCCCAAUGUGCAGUACAGGAUCACCCCAUCCCCUCAGGACACAGCCCCCCUCGCUCCCAUCCCUCUCAAUGGGAACUCGGUGCUUUUUAUCAGCAUGGACCGUGCCAGUACAUUUGAAAACGAUAGCAAGUUAUCUGUGCAGUACUACGGGGAGAACAAAGACGUCUUGGGUAGAGCAGUUCUGCACCUCACCGCCGUUGAGAUCUCUCUGGAUGUGGACGCUGACAGAGAUGGCAUUGUGGAGCGGAACAACCCGAACAAGGGAUCCUGGAUGUGGGGUCCCAAUGGACAUGGGGCCAUCCUGCUGGUCAACUGUGACUCAGAGCGCAAGUAUGGGAAGAAACUGGACAGCGAGCAGGACUAUGUCUCCAGAGUGUCAGAUCUGAAGGACAUGUCUCUCAUGGUGCUGCGGACCAGGGGCCCGGCCCGGCUCCCACCGGGCUACAAGCUCACCAUGCACAUCUCUCAGAGCGAUGCAGAAAAUGUGCGGGUCUUCAGGUCCAGGUCUUCUGAUGCCAUUACAAACACCCUGACAAACCUCCUCUAUAGUGCGUUUGUGAAGGACUACCCUCUGGUGCUGAGCAGUGAGGUUCUGUCCCAGGAAGUGCCUUACCUCGGAGGAGCCGCAGAGAUGAACUUCUAUGUGGAAGGCCUCAGGUUCCUCGACAAAGAUUUUGAUGGGCUCAUCAGCAUCAACCUCAGUCUGUUAGAGCCCAUCUCUCCAGGUUUCCCUGAGACGCCUAUUUUCACCGACAGAGUGGUGUUCAGGGUGGCGCCAUGGAUCAUGACACCCAACACCCUCAACCCGGUGGAGGUGUUUGUCUGCAGUACAUCUGAUAACUACCAGUUCCUGAAAGGAAUGAAAAAGCUGGUUGAUAAGAGCGGCUACAAGCUGAAGAUUUGCUAUGAGUAUAUGAACAGAGGAGAUCGCUGGAUGCAGGAUGAGCUGGAGUUUGGUUACAUCGACUCUCCCCACCAUCAAUUUCCUGUUGUCCUGGAUUCCCCUCGUGAUGGAAAACUCAUGAACUUUCCAUAUGAUGUGCUACUGGGCCCAGACUUUGGCUAUGUGGAGAGGGUGGCAGACAACGAGGAUGUUAGCAGCCUGGACUCGUUUGGGAAUUUGGAAGUUAGUCCACCUGUCUCUGUGAAUGGGAAAAACUACCCCCUAGGCAGAAUCAUCAUCGGAGUGGCCUUCCCCACGGCAACCCAAGGACGCAACAUGACCAAAGUAGUUCAGGACUUCUUGUGGGCCCAGAAGGUUCAGGAGCCCAUCGCCCUGUUCUCUGAUUGGCUCCUCGUUGGCCAUGUAGAUGAAUUCAUGACUUUUGUUCCUGCACCCGACAGAAAGGGUUUCCGGCUGCUGCUGGCAAGCCCAGAUGCAGGCUACAAACUUUUCAGAGGCUUACAGAACGAUGGUCACGGACAAGCCAUAAUGUUCGAGGGUCUGGGAGAACAGGAAGAAAUUACAGUGGAUGAGAUCCUGAAGGAUGAAAAUCUCCAAGCGGAAAAUAACUACGUACAGAGCUGUAUCGACUGGAACAGAGAUGUGCUGAAGAGAGAGCUGGGUCUGGACGAUGAGGACAUCAUUGAUCUGCCCAUCCUCUUCAAGCUGCUGGAGGAGAACAGAGCCGUGGCCUACUACCCAGACAUGGUGAACAUGAUAGUAUUGGGGAAAAACCUGGGCAUCCCGAAACCCUUUGGGCCCAAGGUGAACGGGCGCUGUGCCCUGGAGGCGGAGAUGUGCUCGCUGAUGGAGGCCCUGGGCCUCAGCUGCACCUUCAUCGACGACUUUUCCUCUUACCACAAACUGCUGGGAGAGGUGCACUGCGGCUCCAACGUCCGCAGGGAAAGCUUCGACUUCAAGUGGUGGAACCUGGAGAUGUGAGCCACGUGACGGGGCGGCGUGAGGAGCGAGGAGCCACAGAGGGCAGGGGAGCAGGAGGCUGACCCACUAAACACAGGGCUUUGUUUUCUCAAUACUACAUACUGACUUUAGCAUUAAACUUAAGAUGAAGGUGGUUUUUCAGGUGAUUUUUCAUAGGUGCAGGGUUGCAGUUCACAUUUUGUCUGAGCCUUACAUUUCCCGUUUUAAAAUUGAUGAUAAUUCUCUGUCAUUUUAGCAAUAGUAAGAUGUCAUUUUAUUCAGAGCUCAAUUCAUAACAGAACACUUAAAACCAUGAAUGACUCACAUUGAAAAAUUAGCAGACACUCCACGUUUUAAUACGCUCUUUGAUCUUUAUUAAACAUUUUUGGCUUUAUUUACAAAUAGGUGAAAAGCAAUAUUUACAAACAAGACUUCUGAACAAGGGCUUAAGCAGACUGUUGACAAGAACAGAAAUACAAUCAUCAGAAUCAAGCACAUAGAAGAUUGACUCCCAAUCUGGAUUGGCCAUGGGCAUGUAGAAGCACAGUGAGAUGAAUGAAGCCACACAGUGAGGUGUUGUAAUAAUACAGAGCCACAAGAGGGCGUCAUCCAACUACUGAAGCUUAUCCAAAGCUAUUGUUAAGCUUUUCAAAUAUGAACAUUUAGUAAUCUCAACUCCAGAUCUGUAAUACACAAAUAUAAUUGUUGACUAAGAUUUUCCAUCAUUUCCAUGUCAUUUUGCAGCAGGAAGAUUCACUUAAUUAACUUUUUAGCUAUAAAAGUCAUUCAUAAAUAUAUACUGUGUGCAUUUGGUCCAGUGUCUGCGAUUACAAUUACAAAUGCAACUUACACUUUCACACAAGGGCUGAAAUGUCCAUGUAACAAUUCCACUGCAGACAAUAAAUCCACUUCGGUCAUUUCUCUGAAAUAAAAGUUAUGAAAACA